UGAAGAUUAAAGAAAGAAAAGCCAAAUUUUUCACAAGGAAAAAAACAUGGAAUUAUUCAGAGAUUCAGGAAAAAAAGUGGUGUUAAUGUUAUUUGUUAUGAUCAUAACACCUAUAACAAAGGCAAUAGAUACAAACCCAGUGCAUGAUCCAUGCUCUGAUGCAAAGGUGCAAAGAUGGGAUGGUUUUACAUUUGGCAUCGCGUUUUCGUCUAAGGAAUCCUUCUUUGCUCCUGAUCAAGUUCAGUUAUCCCCUUGUGACUCUCGCCUUCAGCUUGCUAACAAAGCUCAACUCGCGGUCUUUAGGCCUAGAGUUGACGAAAUCUCCCUUCUUACUGUCAACUCCACCUCCAGCCCUGAAACAACGGGCGGAUAUAUGGUAGCCUUUGCUGGAAGACAGUAUGCUGCAAGAUCACCACCAGUUUUUGUUGCAGAUGGUACUAACAUAGUAACAACAUUUACUCUUGUACUUGAUUUUGAAAAGGGUACACUCCAAAACUUGUACUGGAAAACGUUUGGGUGCGAUUCAUGCAACAAGGAUUAUCAAGUAUGCCAUGAAAACAAAGAGUGUGCUGUGACAUCUUCGACGUGCAAAGACAAAGGUGGCUCUGUAGACUGUACAAUUAACAUUCAGCUAACAUUUUCAGGCACAGAUAAAAAUGGGGAGGUACUUAACUCAUGGUACGAAAUGAAAAACAUGAGGCGUUUCUCCCUUUUCAAUCUUUUCGCUGGUCUUCAGAAUACAUUUACUAAUGGUUUGUUGUAAGCAUUGAAUAGAACCAUAUCAACAAAAGAGUUGGGAAAUUAUACUAAUUAUCCAUAGAAAAGUCAGUUUUACAGGAUCAAAUUUACAAGGAAAUAGAAUAUAUAGAAACUAUGUAUUAUGUAUAACAUUUGUUGUAAUGCUUGAUUAGUUGAUUAUAGUACAAAUUUAUUGCAUUGGUUCCAAGAGCAAGCACAACUUGUGUAUGUUAUUAGUUGAAGAUUACAAGUCAUUUCAGAGACCACAAAACCAAGGAUGAAUGUUA